GGGACCAGUCCACAUCGUCCAUGGUGACCAAAUGCAGUUCAGCACUGCUUUGCACUGCUUACGAACUUACAUUCAUUUGGGCAUUCAUUUGAUUCAUUGUAGGAGCAAGUGCUUUUACUGCUUCAGGAGGUUUUGGACAGGGAACGCUUGCGGGGAUGCCGAUGCCGGUAAGAUCCUGCAAGACAUUUGUCAAAGAAUGCACAGAGUGACAACGGCAUCUCUCGUUGGGCUUUUGCGCUAGCAUCAGCAUUGACCAGGCAGGUUUCUAAGAGCAGAGCCAAAACUUGCUGUAAUCAUGUGUAGCGAUGGGGAAGGUGACUAUGAUUCUGACGAGUCGGACACGCCUCAUCUCUUUCGCCGUGCUGGGGGCUUGGAUGUGCCCACCUAUGUGAGAGUGGCCGAAGAGAGCUCAAGUGCUGAGCAAAACGCUUCUGCCAAUUCUGGGAGCAAAGUUGGGCAUGGAAUUUCAAACCGAGAAGAUGUACAGGCAAGCGGCAAGGAGAAGUCGCAUGUCUUCGUUGAGCCAGGAAGUCGUACGGGAGAUGGCUCAUAUCUCUGCCAAUAUCUACCGUAUCCUGGAGAGGCGGACUUCAUUUACUCUUCAGAGGUUGUCCCUGACCUCAAGUGCGGAAAGUGUAAGAACUUUCUGAAGACGCCUGUCCAAGUGCCAACCUGUGGCCACAAAUUUUGCAAGGGAUGCAUUCUCAAGGUUGUGCCUAAGGUAAUGGGCUUUUGUCCUACGUGCCAAAUCAAGUUUGACAAAAAGCUGCUUGGGCCAUUCCUUGGAUAUGGCACGGUGAUACAACUCGUUCGGAACCAGCGGUGGUGUACAAACGCCUUGUGCUAUGACAAAUCCAAGAAUUGCUACCUCAAAGAUCCAGAAGCAUGUGAGUUUGUUGGCCGUGAGCACGAGCUGCGCGAACACGCAAAGACGUGUGGCUUCAAGGUCGUCCGAUGCUUGCCAGGGUGCAAGUCGUUGUUGUGGAGAAAAGACGUGGUGGCACAUGCGGAUGUGUGCAAGAUUAAGUGCUCACAACAGCCUUGUACCAUGCUGGUGCUUGCCAAACUAAUGCCGCAUCAUAAGAAGGAAGAAUGCAUUGCGACCGUUUUGAAGUGCCACAUGAUGAAGGCUGGGUGCACAGAAAAAGCACAGCGCAAAGACAUGCAAGCACACCUGGACAAGUGCCCAUUUGCAUUGAAGGCGGAGAUAGAGAGGCUCAAGCGAGAGAAAGAAGCAGAGAGCGCUGAGAAAGAGAAGUGGAUGAAAAUUGCUUCGGAGGUGACCACAUUGAAGCCGGUGAAGAAAGAAGUCGGUGAACCGUCGCAGAAGCGAUUGAGGAGUGCCGACAAUCAAGCACGUUAGAUACGUCAAAGCUGCAACAUCAACCUAUUUGUGGAACUCGGCAGACGAAUGACUUCGACAACAUAUCAAGCAUUCCGAUUGUGGCACGGUCAAGUCGUGUGGCUCGCAAAUCGUGUCGUCAUGGGCACGGCGACGCCGCACCAAGUAUGACCAUGAUGCUCCAAGCAAUGAAGCUUGCCAUAUUGCCAAGUCAUGCUGACAUAUUUGAACACUUCAACGCUUUGCAAUGCAAUGUUGUCAAACCUUAACUUUUGCACCAGUGCAGUGAAAUUAAAAGCACUUUAGCCACUUCGAUUG